AUGACAUCAGGACCAGCGGAUCGUUUUAUCGGCCUGGAAAUUUCUCGAGUUCAUGCUGAGAAGAAACUUUUUGUUUGUCAAAUUUUGUAUAUAGCAAAAAUUCUUGAAAUUUUUAAUAUGGAAAAUUGUGUUCCCAAAACGGUUCCUGCCGAGCCUGGUUCUCAUCUCACUGUAAAAGAUUCUCCAGCCACUGUCACUGCACAAUCUUCCAUGUCCUCCACUCCUUAUCGCCAAGCUGUUGGUAGUUUUAUGUAUGCAAUGAUUAUGACCCGCCCUGAUAUUGCAUUUAGUGUUGGACAACUGGAACCCCACGGCAUGGUCUGUGUUUUACCGGAACAGAUCUUACUAAUCAAUUUUCGGGUGAUUCUGAUUCUGACUACGCUGGAUGGCCAGACACAAGAAGAUCAACAACUGAAAACGGUCGACACGAACCCACAUAGACCAACAAAGGCGCAUCUAAACCCAUACGAGACCUUGUACAAAUGUCUGCGGGAGACAGGGGCGUCAAGAGAAGAUGCCACAGCAGGAGCGAAAGCCGCCUUGGUGUUGACAAAAACAGCUUGUGGCGCGACAGGGUUCCCCGCGGUAGAUAAAGUAGAAAAAGAGGUUAAUUGCUCCGCUGUUAUGAACCAGAGCUAUUAUAAUAGCCAAAAAUUAUUACAGAACCAACAACAACAAACGAUAGCGUUAUUAGCUCAGGUACCUGCUUUCAAUGGAAUGGGGGCAACUGAGGACUGGAUACAACAUUUUGAAAGGUUUAUCGACACCGCUGAGUUUGAAGAAGGGAGGAAGAUAAAACUUUUAGGCUCAAAGCUGUUCGGGUCUGCAGGGGACUGUAUUACAACCUUCCAGUUAAAUUAUCCGAGGGAAGCACAGUCGUUCGUUAAAGGGAAACAGAAUCUACAUGAGCGUUUUCACGGAGGGGAUAACAGAAAA